GGCCGUGGCAUUAGAAAGAUUGGGAACCACUGGGCUAGAGCCUUCUCAGUGGCUGUCCUUGAGGCCUGAACUCCCUUCAUGUGGAAGUUAGGCUGUUUCCGUCCCAAGAUGAAAAUAGCCUUCUCAAAACUACCUGAAACUGGGUUUAGCGAUAUGCAUUUCUAUUGUUUUAAUCUUUCCUUUUAGUCUCUUACGUUUUAAUGGCUUCACUUCUGUAGAUGCUUUGAUUUUUAACUAUUAUCUGUAUAUGCAUUUAUUUUUAUGUAGUUUGUUGUUGUUCUGCUUUCUGUAAAUCACCAUGAAACCGAAUCCUGAGGAAUAGAAGCAAGGUGUGCAAAUGAAUAAAAAAAAUCAUCAUAUUGAUGUAAAUCUAGCUACUACUUCCUAGGUUUUUUUUUUUCCUUUCUGGAAAUCAUCUGCAAUGGGGAUGAUGCCUCACAAGGCCUUGUCCUCUUCCUUUCCUUUCCUAAUUAUUAUCUCCUCCUCCUCUCUCCCCAUUUCUGCUUCUGCUGCAGGACAUGUUUAUGAAAGUGAUGGCAGAGAAGGAGAAGUGUCCUUUUGAAUCCAGUCCAAGGCAGGGGCCCAAGUGGAUCACGCAAGACAGAGAAGGAAUGUCCUCUUCAAUGAGAAGUGGGAGAAGGACUGAAUCUAUGUGUACAAGGACAUCUCUUCAUCCUGAUGGAUUCAGAACAGCUUCUGGGAGACUAGCUCAGGUGACUUUUGAGGACGUGGUUGUGGAUUUCACGGAGGAGGAGUGGGCCCUGAUGGAUCCAGGCCAAAGAGCCUUUCAUUGGGAAGUCAUGGAGGAGAUUGUGGAGACCUGGUCCUCUCUGAGUAAGGAUCCUGCUUUCUUGUGA